AUGGGGCCCUUCGAGGCUCCUCGCAGGUCAUCAAACCUCCCCGACAUCAUCCCAUCCCGAUACAGUGCUACACCCCAGACGCCCCACCUUAUACCCCAGAUGUCUUGUAGGACCUAUAGUAGUCUGACCCUUUGCAUCGCCCACAUCCUCAGCUCCAACCAGCUCGAGAAAUGCCCUACUCAAGUCAAGAUCUUCACCCUCACCGGCGCUGGUGGUCACGUUGUCCUACUUCCUGCGAUCCACAUUCACUCUCCAAAGUUAGAGGUGGUCCAGGGAGCAGAGGUGGAAGGGGAAGACGAGGUGGCAGCGGAAGAGGCUCCAGGGGUUGGCAUUUGGAACCCAAGAGUCAGGGUGGCAAAGGCGGUUGGACCAGAAACCCGGAAGCUUGUACGAAUUGUCAGCGACGACAUGUCCGAACCCCUCACCACCAGUGUACCCCUCAACAAUUCUGAACGACCCGCGUCUGCACCCGUACCCUCUGGCUCCAACGCUACUCUUCGAGCUACUCUGACCGACCUUGUGAUCGGCUUCUUACCUCUCCACCGUCUCUUUGCCGUCGACAAGCCUCCUCCUCGAUCUCCUUUGCCAUACAUCAUUCCAGACACCAUGGCCGGGUACGGCGUAGCUGUGAAGGCUGUCUAUGAAGACAUCGUUUGCCAGAGGACGGCUACGCAUUCAUAG